CCAGAAUUGUAAUGGUGAACUGUCGCUAGCCAGCCGGAACAUAUUUUCUUCCAGCGGUAUCAUCUGGUCUGAUUAAAAUGAUUGAAAGUGAGACUAGUAACCAGUGCGCAUGUUGUGUAUCUUUCACUUGGAUACACAUAUAUAUAAACAACUAACUGCUCUCUUACCAUGAUCAAACCAAUUAACUGACUGAGGAAAGGAGAGGAGAGGAUUGAGAAAUGGCUUUGUUUUCAUUCACUUCCAUUGCUAAAUGUGCCAAUGCCAUCUCAUUUAUUCUCUUUGUUGUGUAUGUCUCCAGUUUGUUCAACCAUCUCAAUCUGGCUUCUGUUGCUGCAAAACACAGCAGCCGCAAUAGUGUACAUGCUUCUCAUCACCAUGGCCAUCACCGUGGCCGCCACCAUAGUAACCAUUCUGAUUCUGCUGCAGCAUCAGAUGAUCAUUCCAAUGCAAGAUUGGACCGAGCUUUUCUUGCCCUCCAAGCAUGGAAACGAGUGAUUUACUCCGACCCAAAUAACUUUACCACCAAUUGGAAAGGUCCUUCAGUUUGCACUUACAAGGGUGUGUACUGUGCACCUGCUCCUGAUGAGCCCAAAACCCAAGUUGUUGCUGGCAUUGACCUUAAUAAAGGUGACAUAGCCGGAUUCCUCCCAGACGAAUUAGGCCUCUUGUCGGACCUUGCACUUAUCCAUCUGAACAGCAACCGCUUUUGCGGCAUCCUCCCUCAGAGUUUGGCCAACCUUACACUCCUUAAUGAGCUUGAUCUCAGUAACAACAGAUUUGUGGGUCCUUUUCCUACUGUAGUCCUCUCUCUUCCUAGUCUAAAAUAUCUUGAUAUUCGCUACAAUGAGUUUGAAGGGACAAUACCUCCACAACUCUUCAGCAACAUAGUACAACUAGAUGCAAUAUUUGUAAAUAACAACCGCUUUACCAGUAUAAAUAUUGCAGCUUCUAAUUUAUCAUCAUCAGCCAGUGUGGUGGUGUUUGCUAACAAUAAAUUGGGCGGAUGCCUUUCUCCGAGCAUAGCAAACUUUGCAGAUACAUUGGAGGAGCUUUUGCUAAUCAACACAAGCUUGUCGGGGUGUCUUCCACAACAAGUUGGGUUUCUGUACAAAUUGAGGGUGUUGGAUGUGAGCAAUAACAACCUGGUUGGUCCUAUACCUUACAGCCUUGCAGGUCUAGCUCAUUUGGAGCAACUAAAUUUGGCCAACAAUAUGAUGACUGGGAUUGUGCCAGCUGGAGUUUGUAGUUUGCCAAAUUUGGCAAAUUUUACAAUCUCUUAUAAUUAUUUCUGCGAGGAAGACGGGAUUUGUCAGAAUUUGACAACAUCCAAAGGAGGCAAGACUGCAUUUGAUGAUCGCCGUAACUGUGUGCCUGAGAGGCCAUACCAGAGGUCCCAGAAGGAAUGUAAUGCUGCUCUUGAGCACCCUGUUUACUGCUUUUAACAUCCUUGUGUUGUAUAAGUGGUGCACUGCCAGCAGCAAGUAGCAAGGCCUCUGUCCAUCUUCGCCUCCCAGCUAUACUUCAUAUACGAAUAAUCCAAUAUUUAAGAUUUUAAUAGUUCUAGA